GCAGAUUGCGGAGGAAGGAGGAAGGUUGCUGAGGAUGAGUCUUCAUCACAUCACAUAUCAUUACGUGUCAUAACAGGGGAUAUCACAGAUAUAGAACAAAAUCCGGGUUAAUAUUAGGGUCCAAUCUGCCAUUAUCAGUCUUGUGUCUCCUUGUUUUCUCGGAUAAGGAGUGAUCCACAGUUCCCUAAGCACUCAGGAUGGGGAACCGGGGAAUGGAGGAUCUGAUCCCGCUGGUGAACCGGAUGCAGGACGCGUUUUCAGCCAUCGGACAGAAUGCGAACUUGGACCUGCCUCAGAUCGCAGUGGUAGGCGGCCAAAGCGCAGGGAAGAGCUCCGUGCUGGAGAACUUCGUCGGAAAGGACUUCCUUCCCCGAGGUUCUGGCAUCGUCACACGUCGCCCUUUGGUCCUGCAACUCAUCAACUCCCCCACUGAGUUUGCAGAGUUUUUGCACUGUAAGGGAAAGAAGUUUACAGACUUCGAUGAAGUGCGGCAGGAGAUCGAGGCGGAGACGGAUCGUGCCACUGGGCAGAAUAAAGGCAUUUCUCCAGUCCCCAUUAACCUGCGUGUUUACUCUCCUAAUGUACUGAACCUGACACUGGUGGAUUUGCCUGGAAUGACCAAAGUGCCAGUCGGUGACCAGCCAGCUGACAUCGAGCACCAAAUCAAGGACAUGCUUAUGCAGUUUGUUACGAAGGAGAACUGCCUGCUGCUGGCUGUAUCUCCUGCGAACUCCGACCUCGCCAACUCUGAUGCCCUGAAGGUUGCCAAAGAAGUGGAUCCGCAAGGUCUGCGUACCAUCGGUGUGAUCACCAAACUGGAUCUGAUGGAUGAAGGAACAGAUGCUCGAGACAUUCUAGAAAACAAGCUGUUACCUCUGCGCCGAGGCUACAUCGGUGUGGUGAACCGCAGUCAGAAAGACAUUGAUGGGAAGAAGGACAUCACUGCUGCUAUGGCCGCUGAGAGGAAGUUCUUCCUGUCGCAUCCUGCCUACAGACACCUAGCAGACCGCAUGGGGACUCCGUACCUGCAGAAAGUGCUCAACCAGCAACUAACCAAUCAUAUCCGAGACACGUUGCCCGGACUGCGCACUAAACUCCAGAGCCAGCUGCUGUCCAUCGAGAAAGAGGUGGACGAGUAUAAGAACUUCCGCCCGGACGACCCGUCUCGCAAGACCAAGGCCUUGUUGCAGAUGGUCCAGCAGUUCUCUGUGGAUUUUGAGAAGCGUAUCGAGGGCUCCGGUGAUCAGAUCGAGACUUAUGAGCUCUCCGGCGGAGCGAGGAUCAACCGCAUCUUCCACGAACGUUUCCCUUUCGAACUGGUCAAGAUGGAGUUUGAUGAAAAGGAGCUGCGUAAAGAGAUCAGCUACGCUAUCAAGAACAUUCAUGGCAUCAGAACUGGGCUCUUCACCCCGGACAUGGCCUUUGAGACCAUAGUGAAAAGGCAGAUCGCGAAGAUUAAAGAGCCUUGCCAGAAAUGCGUGGACAUGGUCAUUUCUGAGCUAGUCAAUACCGUUAGGCAGUGUACAAAGAAGCUGGCUCAGUACCCCAUGCUGCGAGAGGAAAUGGAAAGAAUCGUCACUCAACACAUCCGUGAUCGUGAGAGUCGUACUAAAGAUCAGGUGAUGCUGCUCAUUGACAUCGAGCUGGCUUACAUGAACACCAACCAUGAAGAUUUCAUCGGAUUUGCCAAUGCGCAGCAGCGAAGCAGUCAAAUGAGCAAGAAGAAGGCGGCUGGAAACCAGGAUGAGAUCAUGGUCAUCAGGAAGGGCUGGCUGACAAUCAACAACAUCAGCAUCAUGAAAGGUGGCGCUAAAGAGUACUGGUUCGUGCUAACAGCCGAGUCGCUCUCGUGGUACAAGGAUGACGAGGAGAAAGAGAAAAAGUACAUGCUGCAGGUGGACAACCUGAAGCUGAGAGACGUGGAGAAGAGCUUUAUGUCCAGCAAGCACAUCUUCGCCCUGUUCAACACUGAGCAGAGGAACGUGUAUAAAGACUAUCGUCAGCUAGAGUUGGCCUGUGAGAGUCAGGAGGAUGUGGAUGGCUGGAAGGCCUCGUUCCUCAGAGCUGGUGUUUAUCCAGAACGUGUGGUGAGCGAUGCGAGCGAGGAGAACGGUUCGGACAACUUCAUGCACUCCAUGGACCCCCAGCUGGAGAGGCAGGUGGAGACCAUCCGCAACCUGGUGGACUCCUACAUGGCCAUCGUCAACAAGACCAUACGCGAUCUCAUGCCCAAGACCAUCAUGCACCUCAUGAUCAUUAAUACAAAGGAGUUCAUUAACGCCGAGUUGCUGGCUCAGCUUUAUUCCUGUGGCGAUCAGAACACUUUGAUGGAGGAGUCAGCCGAGCAGGCUCAGCAUCGGGAUGAAAUGCUGCGCAUGUAUCACGCGCUCAAAGAAGCCCUCAGCAUUAUUGGAGACAUCAGCACCACCACAGUGUCUACGUCUCUGCCUCCACCCGUCGAUGACUCAUGGUUACAGGUGCAGCGCCUUGGCUCUGGGGGAAGGUCUCCAGCUACCAGUCCCACCCCUCAGAGACGAGCUCCUCCUCCAGGACCCCCAGGCCGCCCUGGUUCUCGUGGCUCUGCCCCAGGCCCUCCUGCUGCUGGUGGGCCUCCUCUGCCGUCUCGCCCUGGGGCAUCUCCAGACCCGUUCGGAGGCCAGCCCCCUCAGGUGCCCUCCCGGCCUAACCGGGCCCCACCUAGCGUCCCCAGAAUUACAAUCAGUGACCAGUGAGAGGACCAGCGUUUCGGCCGGCGACCCCCGCCCUCACCCACCCGAACCAUGUGAUCCACAGACUCCUCCCUCGAGACGAUUAGCUCCUCCCACCAGACCUAAUGGGGUAGAAAUCCAGGGUGCCCAGAUCCCCUUCAUCUCCUUCUCCUUCAGAUUCACUUCGGCAUGAACACACACACACACACACACACACACACAUUCUACACAGAGUUUAACCUAUGCCCAUUUUAUGUCAUUAACGUUCCUCUCUAUAUUUCCUCAUCCUUCAUGACUUUCUAACAAUCCCUGACUUCCGGUUGUGUUUUUUUUUCCUUUUUGGUGAAUGAAAGAUCUUUUCUGAAGCAGAUGCAUUAUCACUCCAAGGUGAUGACUGGAGUAAUGAGUAUAACUGCAUCUAUUAUAUGUCCGAGCUGUUACUUUACUUGUCUUUCUUUUCCUCUGUUUCUCGAGCAGUGCUCCUUGAAGUCACAGGCAGGAAGUUGACACCUCGCUAACCUGAAUGAAAAGAAACUUUACAAUGGUUCUGAUUUGAAGACCAGACUUUAAUCAGCCACGUUUUACACAGUUGGUUGACAUUUUAAUUAGAAUCCGAGACUCCUGCCUUCCAGCCUUGCUGACUUUAGGGACACCAUGUUAUUAACUUCUGCUCUAAUAAUUCUUUCAAUAUUUACUCUUCUUUUUCUCUUUUUUCUCCUUGCACUGCUCAGCCGGCCGAGCAGGGGCAGCCCCGAGAGCCCUCUUCCUUCAUCUGACUCCUAACUACACCAUCCUUUUUUCAUCUGCUCUUUUUAUCCUCUAAUCCUCCUUUUUUCCUUCCUCUCUCCCUCUACUUGCUCUAUCAUUUCUUUUACUUCUCUUUCUUUAAUCAGUUACACAACUGUCUGUCUAUUAAUUUACUUUGUACUUCUCUUUAAUUUCUCUUAAUUUUGAUUGAUUCUCUUCUUCCUUCCUGUCCUUUCUUCCCCCCUUUUAUUCUUUUUUAUCUUCUGUUCCUUCUUCUUCCUCCUCCUCUUCUUUCUCUUCCUCUCCAUUCUUUCUGUUCUUCAUUGUCUUUCUUCUUCUUUCCAUGCCUUUUAAAAUACAUUAUUUUUCUAUCUCUCUAUCCAUCGUGCUUCCCUUUUUUCUCUCAUUUUAUUGCUCUCCUUCCCUCUCUCUCUUUUCCCCUUUUCUUUCUUUCCGCCCUCUUUUGUUUCCCUUUCUCUUGUCUCCACUUGUCCUCUCCUUUCUCUCCCAUCCUUUCCCCUCUCCUUUCUCUUUCCCCUUCCUCCUCUUCUUCCUCUUCCUCUCAAACUCUUCCCAUGUUCAUCAUCAAGCAAUCCUUAAAUCAAACCCCACCAGCACAACCCAACUCUCUCUCUCACACACACACACACCACAGUGAAGAGAGGAGGAGACAAAAAACAGAUGGAAACCCUUCAGGUGUAACUCCUCUUCCUCCUGCUUGGUUACACCACCUCAUUAAAGGACAGAUGCUCUUCUACAUUCCACACAAAGUGGAGGAGCAGCUACACCACCAGUGUACUGUGAGACAUGUGUAGUGUUUGUGUUGUCGUUGGCGUCUCUUUGCUUUCCACUGGAUUUUCUUCGUCUUCUUAAAGCAACUGGACUAACGUGACGGCCAUGAGCCCUGUCUCCAAGUUUAACCUCUAUUGUAACGCACAUGAACAUUGUAAGUUCCUUGAAUUUCUUAAUUUCACAUCAUGUCAGUAGCACAAGUUCUCAGUAGUACUGAAACAUCCUGAACCCUGUGUGUGUUUACGCUUAUGACAUUUCACUUCAUUUAUCCAAGUAGCGAGCGCAGUAAAAUUAGCGAGGCGGGAUCUAUAUAGAAAGUGCAAUAUUUCUAAGAUCGGUUAUCAUUCACACAACUUAACACCACGUAGACUUGAAAAUAAAGAAGGUAAACAUAUAUACAUGAAAUCUGACGUCCUUGACAUGCUUCUCAUUAUUAGCAUCUCCGCUGGCGAUUAACAAACGGUUAUGCAAACGUAUCAUCUUGGUUGUAAUAUACAUGUUCGGUUUAUUAUCAGAUAUUUUGUCAAAAUCAGGUUUUAAAGGAAUAAUUGAAAGAAAAAUCAACGUGUAAAACGUACAAUAUCACUCCAAUCACUUAUGAAAUGACGAUCUGAAACGACGUCUUUGGCGUCAGACGUUUGCUUUUUUUUAGUUCGGCUAAAUAAUAUACUACGAGACUACACUUUUUAAAAGAAAUUCACCGUGUAUGAAAUAUGCAGACAUUUCUACAGUAUAUAUUCUUAAACUGGUUUCAGAAAUACGCCAUGAAAUUAAUAUAGACACGUAUUACGUAUACGAUGACAAACUUUGGUUAUCCAACGAUUUUUACUCUUACGCUCUCGUGCUGUUAAAACGUCAAAAAAUUAAAAAAAAUAAUAAAAUUAAAGGCUUCAGUGCAACUGCAGCAUGAAAUACGUGCAACUCUUAUGCUAUUUAUAUUAUAGACAUACUGUAGAAUAUAGCAUGAACACCACAUAGCUAGAAAUAGAAGAACACAAAAAAAAGACAAAUUGAUGAAUAUACUAGUGUAUUACACUACAGUGUAGAGAGAUCUGUUUACCGAGUGUAGUGGGGGGAAAAAAACGUUUUUUCUUUUCUGAAAUCUGAUUGGCGGAGAGACCGUGAAGCAGGAUUUGAACCAAUUACGCCCUAAUCUUAGUUUAUGUCGCUUAGCAACUAAAACUCACUAUUAACAGACUACAUUAUUUAUUUAUUUUUUAUUGUGAAUGUUACUUAGAAUCAGUUUUUUAUAACUUAUUUUACGUAUUGAAUAUUUUGUUUGUCGGUUUUUUUUUGUUUUUUUUUAUAAAAGCAUUAAGCCGCUCGUGUUCUGACUGACUAACAAUGUAAAAAGAGACAAAAACAAAACAAACACAAAAAAAAAAAAAAAUAAAUAAAAACUCAUGGCGUAUUGAUUGAUUAAGGGUUUUUGUUUUGAAUUAUUGGGAAACAAUAAAAGUUGAACCGAUAAAACUGUUCACAGCAUUGAGUACAACCUCUUUAGGAAGAUAACCGUCUGAGGAAUACUUUAGAAAAAUAAAAGAACGUCAACUAAAACAAAAAGCUUCCGCAAAGAAGUAACGGAUGUUUGUACGACCGAGACUUUUUGUCUUUAGCGGUGCAGUUUGGUGUCGUUCUGGGGGUGGGGUGGGGAGGGGGGGAAGAAACUUUAAAUUAUAAAAAUUUGCUUUGAAGUAAAAAAAAAAGCAAACUUCCGACACCAGACACGUUUGAUAAAAUUCCAUGUUUGUUUGAUCUUCGAUGAUUAUUCCUUUAACAAAUAUUAGCUAGAAAUAGCUGUUCUAUGCAUAGAGAUCUGAUGCUGCCUUUAAGUCAUAUUGGUAUCAUCAUCACCACCACCACCACCACCACCAGGGGAAUCCACGUGAACGUCACCACAGUGUAGAAAUUACAACGCCGUUUAAACUCGCACUAUGUCGUAAUAAAGACAUUUCCGAGGAAGACUUAAAGGCAGCAUUAGUCGUCUUGUUCUUAAGAAAGCGGUCUCGACCCUUCAUCCAUCCGAAACGUGCGUUUUAACAAAACGUUCGUACUCACGUGUCAACACAACCCUGCCAAGGCAAUAUUACGAGAUCAUCUCCGGCACUUUUUCAUCUCCUCCCCCACCCCACCCCCCCAACGUAAUCUCAGAGAUUUUAGUCAUCCUAAAUAUAUGGAAGAAUUAUUUAAGUGUAAAUCUGUUUAUUAUGGCCAUAUCGUUACGUGUGCUGUGUAUCUCCGUGCAAGGAAACUCGUGCUUCCACUGCUUUAGAGACUAGUUUAGACCUGUAUGGUUACUGAAUAUUAAAUUAUUGUAUUAAAUGACGUGUGACUCCGGUAACUUAUGAAUAAAUGAAUAAUAUAAAGGAUGAAACAGAAAAUAAUACAAACUGUGAGAUGUAGCGAUGUGAUGUGGUACAUCCUGGUACUUUUACCGUGUAAUGUAUAACGAUUGAGUCUCACAAGACUGUAAUGUUCAAAACAAUAAACUAACUUCAGUGUA